GAAAGGUCUUACUCUAGAAAGGCGGCCAACUUCCGCAUAGUGACCAUAGCUUCUAUUCUGCGUCACAAAUGCUGAAUUGAAUUUAACUGGAAAUCCUGACGUUGCUGUACAAAAAUAGCCCACUAGCUCUAAUUUUCCUUUCUGACACCAGCUUUUCCCGCCGUACUUCAGCCAGUAAAGACAGUAAAGAAGCUUUUUAGAUAUCAGUCAAACCAAAACUAUGGUCAAACAAUUAUGCGGAAAAGUUAGCGGAAAAAAAGUUCAAACUUUCUGCGAGCCCGCAAUGACCACUUUAAGUACUUUUUAAAAGUAUGCGCAAGUGCGCUAGCUUCCAGACCCCUCUCUUGAGUCAUUAACACCGCAGCCGGCGAAUUGAACGUUGAGACCACAUUUUGCACAUGGUAAAACACUACACCUUAUUUUUUUAAGCUUAUUUUCCAGCGCGGUCUUCAGUUUUUUUCUUAGACACAAAUACAUAUAUUUCCACUGGCUAUUUUCCAAGAUGACUGAAUCAAAAGAUGAAGUUCAAGGUGUUGCAGAUUUGCUGGCAAAAACUAAAGUUGGACAAGUCAACGUUGUAAGUUUCAAAGGAAAAAGUUUCAAGUUAAACUCCGCAGAUGAUGCUGCAGAGGUUGUUAAUGCAAUUAAAGCCAGUAAAGAUGUUCAGGCAUUGUGCUUAGAAGGCAACACCAUUGGAGUCGAAGCUGCUGAGGCAAUCGGAGAAGCACUUGCAACAAGACCAGAGUUAGAGGUAGCAUUAUGGAGUGACAUAUUUACUGGACGAUUGAGAUCUGAAAUUCCACUGGCAUUGGGGCACUUGAGUGAUGGUGUCAUUGCAGCAAAUGCAAAGCUUGCUGAGCUGGAUCUUAGUGACAAUGCAUUUGGUCCUGAUGGAGUGAAAGCCUGUGUAAAACUGCUCACAAGUCAGGCUUGCUACUCAUUAAAAACACUUAGGUUAAAUAACAAUGGACUUGGUGUUGGUGGAGGAAAGAUUCUUUCAAAAGCUCUGAUUGAGUGUCACAAACAAAGUUCAGAAGCAGGAACACCACUACAGCUUCAAGUAUUCAUAUCAGGCAGAAAUCGACUGGAAAACCCAGGAGCCAAAUCUUUAGCAGCAGCAUUUGAGACAAUAGGAACACUCGAAGAGGUUCAAAUGCCACAAAAUGGAAUCCUUCAUGAAGGCGUAGCAGCACUGGCUGAAGCAUUUAAGUCCAAUCCAAACCUUAAGAUUUUGAAUUUAAAUGACAACACAUUCACUCCUCAAGGAGCUGUAGCCAUGGCCAAGGUGUUGCCGAACCUAAAAAAUCUUGAGGUCAUUAAUUUUGGGGACUGCCUAGUCAAAACAGAAGGAGCAAAGGCGUUGGCAGAGUGUUUGCGCAGUGCAUUGAACAACUUAAAAGAACUGAACCUUUCUUUUGAUGAGAUCAACAAGGAGGGUGCAUUAGCAAUUGUUGAGGCUUUGGCAAGUAAAGACUCUCUAGAGAAACUGGAAUUAAAUGGGAAUAGCAUUGGAGAUGAUGGAAUUGAAGAAGUGAGGAACUGGCUUGAUUCUAAGGGCCGGCUUGAUACCUUAGGUUCAAUGAGUGAUGACGAGGGAGAAGGUGAUGAUGAUGAGGAGGAUGAGCUGGGAGGCGGGGGCAGCGAAGAUGAUGAUGGAGAUACUGCAGAUGAUUUGAACUUAAGUGUGACAGGUGUCAGUCUUAAGCCACAGUCACCGUUGCUUGGUGACGAUGAAGAAGUGGAGAAAGAACUUAUAAAGGUGGUGAGCAUGGAAGUUGUUCAAGAUUUUGUCAACUCGCCGUCUUUGGAAAAAUUCAAAAAUAUUCCAAGCUCACAAAGGAGAUCAUUAUUAGCGGAGUAUUUUAAGGAUGACUUGCAAGACACUAAUAAAAUUGCGAAAUGUUUUGUAUCGACUUGCGUGGCGCUCAAAGAUAAUAAAGAUGCACUCAUGGAAUGUGCAGACACUAUUUUGAAGCCUGCUCUUGAAUCAGCUGACUGUAAAGAAGAGGGACUUAUCUCUUCCCUGUUAAUUCAUAUGGGACUUCUCAAGGGUGAGGAAAAGAUUGAGUUUGCCAAAGACAUUUCUGGCCCUCUAAAGGCUUUGGAUUAUGCUGUCAAACAACCUUAUUUCCCGAGACACCUGAAAUCAUUUUUUGUCGCCUUCAUUUCAAAACCCAACAAGCUUUUGGAUUCUUGUUCAGAGGCACGUCACCACUUCUUACAAACUUUGUAUCAGAUUUAAUGUCACCCCGAUACAGCGAACUAUGAUCAUUUAUUUAUCUGUAGCAAUGAAUCAAAUUUUACUUUUCUGCUUAGCAUUUUAUUAGGUACCCUUAGUGGAAAAGAACGUUCUGUCACUAAGUGUCGUUUAAGUACUUGAAAAGUUUCUGACUCGUUGUGACCAAUCAGAAGACAGUUCGACCGGAAGUUGUCUCGUGAGCUAAUGGGGAGUUACCUAGCAACCUUAGUUAAUUACCGGAGGGGAGUAAAUGAGUCAAACCAAGCUUGGAUUUAUGUGGGUCUAAAUUCAAGUCUGUAUAUAAACUGAAACCCAAGUGUGUGACCAUUCAAAUGAAAGCUAUUGGACAGUUCAAGGUGGCUUAAAAUUUACAUCAUGAGAAUGAAUCUCUAUAAUGUGACCAUUCCAGUGAAAGCCAGUGAGGAAGUCCCAUUUGUUGAAAGGAUGAAUGACGCUAUCCAGCGGAUAACAACCUUAAUCCCUCUCUCCUCUCCCCCCCUCCCCACCACACACACACACACACCUCUAGUGUUGGUGAUCUACCUUAACAUUCUCCGGAUUAAAAGAAGUGUAGUGUAGUGUACACUUAGUAGAUUGGAAGAAGAAUUUCUAGCUCGAACUAGGAAAUAAAAAUGCCAAGGAAAAAAACAGAAGUGGGCGAACAAUUCUUUUUACUUCUUUGUGGCUAUUGGGUUUUUUAAUUUCAUGUCUCAUUAUCCUGAUAGUCAAUGACAAGUAGUUACAUUAGGCGAAUUUGAACGAUUACAAUAAAUGACUAAACAAAUGAA